AUGAAGUCGACGAAAGUGCCAUUUUCGUACAAACAGGCCAAACCACUGGACCUGUCGUUCGAAAACCUGAAAUCGCUGGAGCCUACCUCGCUGCGCGUGUUCUCCACGGGCUUCGUCAGUUCGUACCGGAUGUUGGGCGUGCCGGCCCAGCGCAAUGGCCGAUACAAGACGGCUUCGUUGUUACUGAGCCACAACCGGUUGACCGGCGACCUAAAAGACAUCCAGCUACUGGUAGACAAGCUGUUCCAGCAACCGAAUGCACUUUGCUGGCUAGACCUGUCCCACAACCAGUUGACCGACGUAUCAGACGUGCUGCUCGGGUUCCCAAAUCUGAGUACGUUGUACUUGCACCACAACCGAUUGGCCACCCUGUGCGCCGUGGCCAGGAUCGACCGGCUGCCACGACUCAGGUCUUUGACGCUGCAGAACAACCCGGUGGCCGAGCACUACGGUUACCGGACUGCGGUCUUGUCCAUGUUGAAGCGGAUCACCCGACUCGACUUUGUCAGCGUGACGGACAGUGAGAGGCGCCUGUUGCCACCCAUAGCUUUAGAAAGUUUCAUCAAGAAUUAUUUAAUGCGCCAGAAAUGA